UAUAUUCUCUCCCUUACUCUCCAUUUUUCUCGAUUCUCCGAUUUGAUCCAACUAUUCACAGAUCUCUGAUCUAAUAUGGCAUCCAACGGUGAUAAAGGACUGAUCGUUAGCUUCGGCGAGAUGCUAAUCGAUUUCGUCCCAACCGAAUCCGGCGUCUCACUCGCCGAAGCUCCUGGAUUCCUCAAAGCUCCAGGCGGUGCUCCCGCAAACGUCGCAAUCGCCGUUUCUCGUCUCGGUGGACGAUCCGCCUUCGUCGGAAAACUUGGAGACGACGAGUUCGGUCAUAUGUUGGCUGGGAUUCUGAGGAAGAACGGUGUCGAUGAUCAGGGGAUUAACUUCGAUACAGGAGCUAGAACUGCUCUAGCUUUCGUAACGUUACGUGCUGAUGGAGAUCGUGAGUUUAUGUUUUACCGGAAUCCUAGCGCCGAUAUGCUUCUCCGUCCUGAUGAACUCAAUCUCGACCUCAUCAGAUCCGCGAAAGUGUUUCACUAUGGAUCAAUAAGUUUGAUAGUGGAGCCGUGUAGGUCAGCUCAUUUGAAGGCCAUGGAAGUGGCGAAAGAAGCCGGAGCUCUUCUUUCCUAUGAUCCAAACCUCAGGGAACCUUUGUGGCCAUCAAAGGAAGAAGCCAAGACACAGAUCAUGAGCAUCUGGGACAAAGCUGAGAUCAUCAAGGUGAGCGAUGUUGAGCUUGAGUUUCUAACUGGAAGCAACAAGAUUGAUGAUGAGACCGCAUUGUCCUUGUGGCAUCCCAACUUGAAGCUCUUGCUUGUUACUCUCGGUGAAAAGGGCUGUCGGUAUUACACCAAGACUUUCAAAGGAUCUGUUGACCCUUUCCAUGUGAACGCUGUGGAUACAACCGGAGCUGGAGAUUCCUUUGUCGGCGCUCUUCUAAACCAGAUUGUGGAUGAUCAAUCCGUUCUCGAGGACGAAGAGAGAUUGAGAAAAGUGCUGAGAUUCGCAAAUGCUUGUGGAGCAAUCACCACGACCAAGAAAGGAGCCAUUCCAGCUCUUCCCUCAGAUGCUGAAGUUCGCAGCUUUCUUGAAAAGAAAUAGAAACAAAAACAACUCAAGCUUCUUUCUACCACGUAAUCUGUCUUCGCGGCUUUCUUCGCUUUUUGUAUUCUUGUUUUCGAAUGGUUGAAAUCGAGAAGAGACACAAAUUCGGCAUUCCGCUCUGUUUUUGUUUCUCUUCUCCUAAUGUAAUGAUUUAAAAAGACUUAUGUUGCAAUUCAAGGCAUCACUCGCUAAUAAAAUCAUAAGGUUUUU